AAAUCUGUGAAACGUGACAUCUUCUGAAAUUAGGGUUUUGGUUUGUGUGUCUGUGAGAGGAAAAUUGAGAAGAUGAGCGGCUCAAGGGUUAGUGGUAAGGUGAAGUGGUUCAAUGACCAUAAGGGUUUCGGGUUCAUCACCCCUGACGAUGGCGGCGAAGAUCUCUUCGUUCACCAGUCUGAGAUCAAAUCCGAUGGGUUUCGGAGCCUCGGUGAAGGAGAGCUAGUCGAGUUCAUCGUCAAUACCAAUUCCGAUGGUCGCGCUAAGGCUGUUGAUGUGACCGGUCCCAAUCAGGCACUUGUCCAGGGAACCCGCAGCGGCGGUGGAGGAGGCGGUGGAUAUGGCGGUGGUGGAAGAGGAGGCGGGGGUUAUGGUGGAGGCGGCGAGUAUGGCAGUGGAUACGGUGGCAACGGAAGAGGAGGCGGUGGUUACGGUGGAGGCAACAGGUACGGUGGAGGCUUUGGAUACGGUGGAAGGGGAGGCGGAAGAGGUGGAGGUGGCGGCGGUGCGUGUUACAGCUGUGGUGAAGAGGGUCACUUGGCUCGCGACUGCGGUAACGGUGGAGGCAAGUACGGAGGCGGCGGCGGUGGCGGUGGAAGCUGCUACACCUGUGGUAAUUCUGGGCAUUUCGCGAGAGAUUGCCCUUCCAACACCCAUUGAUGCUUCUACUUUGUGCGUUGUAUUUUUAUUUUGAAUCUUAAUUUUAUGUUUUAAGGUACUAUUGCAGAGGGUUUUCA